AUGGACGCUGCACAUUGGACUCCUGGUCCGGGAGACUCCCGAAACAAGUGUCAGUUCAUGGUUUUUGUGGAUGAAGCAAGCCGAUUUGCAGUAGCCAAGUUGUUCCGCAAGGAUGGUGGUGGCCAUGUAACAGCCAAUGACAUUACCUCAGCUUUUCAUGAAGUGUGGGAGCCGUGUUUUGGCCUGCCAGAGCUGAUAAGGGCAGACCCAGAUGGGGCUUGCCGCUCCAAGGAACUGGAUCAGCACUUCCAGCAGCUGGGGAUCGAGACCGAUAACAUUCCGGCAGAUGCCCACUGGAAGAUCAGUGUGGUAGAACGGUCCAUACAAUGGAUCAAGGAGCUCAUGACCAAGUGCGCGGGAGAGAAUCCCCAGCACUCACACGAGGCUAUCCUGGCACAGGCAGUCCGGACCUGGAAUCAGCGUGAGCCGGUCCGUGGCUACUCCCCCUUCCAGUGGAUGUUGGGAAAGGCCCCAGACUUCGAGGACAGGAUGUUUAUCCCGGACGUUCACAAGUUGCCAGCAGCCUGCUUCACCACCCAGAAGGCGGGCUCCAAAGAUCCGAGAGCCUCCGCCGUCAUAGCGAGAAGUGACCUCGUCUACUUCUGGCGUCUCCAAGGAAAGAACCGGCAAAGCAAUGGCUCUGGACUCAGACAUGGGGCCUAUGCUGGACCAGCGAGAAUUCUGGCCAUGGAGACAAAGCAGAAGGACGGGAAGGUCACGCCAGGGUCAUCAGUAUGGCUCAUCCGCGGCCUUCGUUUGGUGAAAGCCUCCAUAGAGCAGCUUCGACCAGCCACGGAGCGCGAGACGGUGCUUCACGAGCUCACCUCUACAACACCGGAUCUUCCUUGGACCACCACCAAGCUGGCCGAGGAACUGGGACCACACGACUACGAUGACGUCACCAAGGACGGGGCGCCAGACCCCGAUCAAGACCCGGACAUCACCGAGGAUAUGGAGGAUUCAGAGCCAGAACUCAUCCCCGAUGACUCGGCUGCAGGGCCUCCAGCGGUCCGGAGAGGCGUGCCACCGGAGGCCAGAUUUGUGGAAGUGGAAGACGACAGGCAGUCCCUUCCCACGGAACAUGCCGUGGAGGUGUCCUUGGCAUUGCCCGACACCAAGAAAAAGUUCGAACAGUUCAUCCGUGAUCCCUCGCAGUUUUUCAUCAAGUCACUCAAGAGGAAAACUGUGGAGGUGUCUGAAAGGCGGAUGACGCCACAAGAACGUGAGAACUUUCGGGGGGCGAAGUCCGUGGAGGUCCAAAAGUUCAUCGCGGCCAAGGCGAUGGAGGUCUUGCCACCAGAGCUGAAGCCUGACCGUUCUCAGGCUCUGCGUAUGCGCUGGAUCCUAACAUACAAACAGCAGGACGAUGGUGGCCUCAAACCGAAGGUGAGAGCCGUAUUACUCGGGUUCCAGGACCCGGAGUAUGCCAAUCGGCCGACCUUCGCGCCAACGAUGAGACGUCAGCGGGCGUUUCUUCAAGGGAGAGAAUAUCAGCGCAACCUCACCUGCCUGCCGGUCCCAGAACUGUGUGAGGGAAUGGGACUGGCCCCUGGAUCAGUGUGCCGCCUAAAAAAGGCAUGUUACGGCUUGGUGGAGGCGCCGAUCGAGUGGUUCGAGACGGUGAACAGUUUCCUAUCAUCCAUCGGCUACCACCAGCUCCGUAGUGAUCCCUGUACUCGGAUCUAUACAGAGGGUUCCAAAGUCAUUUCUUUGAUCAGUGGUCAUGUCGAUGACUUUUUGUUCACAGGGCGAGAGGACUGUGCAACAUGGAACCUCUUGAGGGAGCAGAUCCAGAAGCAGUUCGAAUGGCAGGAGUGGGAGAAGGACAACUUCACUCAGUGCGGGGUGAGGGUUCAGAGGCAGCCAGAUGGUGGUUUCCAGCUGGACCAACGACAUUACGUUGAGGCCAUCCCCGCGAUUCCCAUCAGCAGGGAGCGACGCCGGCAGAAGCAUGAAGUCACCAGCAACCAGGAGAAGUCACAGUUGAGAGCUCUUCUGGGUGCUUUAAGCUGGCACGUGGGCCAAGUGGGUUUCAAGUACAGCGCUCAUGUGGGCCUGUCACUGUCGGAGGUGACUCACAGCACAGUGGAAAGCCUGGAACAGGCUAAUAAGCUGUUGCAGGCAGUCCGAAUAGACAGCAAAGUGCCUCUUCGGAUCCAUGCCUUCUCGGACACAACCAAGCUUUCCAUGGUUUCCUGGGUAGAUGCCAGUUCCCAGAACCGACCAGAUGGAAGUUCAACAGCAGGCAUUGUCAUAGGCCUGACACCGUCCGAGAUUCAGGAGGGCGCCGUCACCAGCGUGAGCCCCAUGUUCUGGAGGUCCGGCAAGAUAGAGCGGGUGUGCCGCUCUCCAGGUGCCGCAGAGGCUCGAGCUGCCAUUGAUGCCGAGGACAACCUGUUCUUGCUGAGGUAUGCGUGGGCAGAAUUCUGCGGGCAUCAAGCAGACCUCUGGGAUUCCGAGGGCCAAGUACGGAGA